AACAAAAAAAACCUUAACCUAAAAACGAUACGAAAGCGACAAAAAAGUAUUUCUCAUUCUCUGUUCAUCAAGCCUUGCCUUGAAUUGAAUUCUCACAAUCUGCGCCUAAAAUUUCCCAUCAACUGAUUCCGAAUUCGAUUUUCUUGAAUUGAUCGUUCUUAGAUGAUUUCGAGGGAUCACCAUCAUCAGGAUCCUCUGGAUACAACCAAUUCACACCGCAUGAAAUCCUCCUCCAGCAGCGUCGCGCCGUCAUCGGCAUCAAUCACGCUGUCGCAGUCGUCGUGGCUGGAGGUCCGCUUGUUCUACGUCCGCAUCGCCCCCUGCGUCGUCGACAGCGUCCCCGACUCCCUCACCCUUCGCCACCCCCGCCGCGAAACCUGCGCCUCCCUCGAGGUCAACGGCGUCCGCAUUCCUUCCUCCCAGACCGCCUCGCUUAGACUCCGCCGCGACAGAGUCGACCGCGAGUCCUCGGAGGUGACCUACGUCAGCACGGAGACCGUGCGCGUGGCCGGAAACGUCGAUCUCGAGGUCUACGACGGCGAGGACAUGGUUCUGUGCGGGAAUCUGGAUAGGAUCGAAGGCGCGUGGGAUAACGGGACGGUUAGCGAUCCCAAGACUGGGUGGGGCAUGGACUGUUACAUGGCUAUGAUGGGAAACGCCUCUUCUUCUUCUUCUUCUUCUUGCUCUGCGUUUCUCAGGCCGGAGCUAGGCGUCUCGUCUCCCUCCGUUGAGGUUUACAUUGCUGGUUGCUGCGGGGGCGUUCCCGUGAUCUUGACCAAGACCAUUCAGGCGAGUCCAAGGAGGAAGGUGGCUAGGCACGUGACUCUCGACUCUAUCCCUGAGGACGAGGAAGUUGAUAAUGAGCAAGACGUUGUAGCCACCACUGCUGAUGGAUUCGCACAGCGGCAACGGAAACUACAGAUCAUGGAAGAAUCACAGGGUGAUGAGGACUACGACGAUGAGUCUGAAAGGAAAAUGGGACAGAGUUACUACUACCCUGAAGGGAUGUACGUGGAUGAGGAUGGUCAACUCACUUGGUUCAAUGCAGGUGUCAGAGUUGGAGUUGGGAUUGGCCUUGGGAUGUGUCUUGGUGUAGGCAUUGGUGUUGGAUUGCUCAUGCGUUCAUAUCAUGCUACUACUAGGAACCUUCGUAGGAGGUUCCUCUGAUCAUCACCUACCAUUAACUAAAACCCCCCAUUAACGAGUGGGUAUAGAAAAAAAAAGAACGGGGAUAGAAUUUUGGUAGAUAGAUGUAUAGAGAGCUCUUAUCGUUUUCAUCGCUUUGUGUCCUUCUGGUGAGUAUAUGUAUAGUCGGCUUUUAGUUGCACAAGAGAGAGUUCUCCAUCUUAUCUUGACUCUUGAGUUGAGUCAAAUGCUUUUGUUUUCUAUGUUGUUACUUUUGUGUAGAAAGAGUUUCCUGUU